AUGAGUUCUAUGAACUUUACGGGAAGCUCCCGGCGCAGGAAUAUCAAUCUGAGUGGGCGCAGCACCAGUCUUGGACAAAACAACAAGAAGUUUUUGUUACAAAUAGAAAAGGAGAGAGGGGCUAGGAGCACACAGAAGCAAAUCCGCAAUGCCGCCGUCACAAUCCAGUCGGCCAUACGAAAAUACAACGCUUUAGAGGAGGCAAAGGAGGAAAUGUUUUCCUCAUGGAUUUUGCGUACAAAAAAGAUUCCAUUUGGAGAUUCCGAGCAGUAUAGAAGGGCUUUGGCUGAGUUCAGCUUUUUCUUUCCAAGACCAGCUUUUCAAGGAACAAACCAACUUGAUUUGGUUGGCCCGAUCUUGGAGUUCUUUUCGACACAAACUACGGACAGAGUCCCCUGGAAGACAUUGAGUGAUUUUUCAUGGAGUAUUGUGUCUUUCUGUGAAUCUAUUGGGCGGGGUGACCAGCGAGCAACGAGCUGCCAUUCGAUCAACGCAAUUUAUGAGCUUUACGAACUAGCUCGCGAGCAGGCAUCCAUAAUUGAUAACUUUGACCAAUCAUACACGGUUCUGGUUUCUCCACUCACAAAAUUGGCGUCUCUGAUAACAGAUGGUGCGAUUGAUGUGCCUGAUCCAAAUCUGGUUGACACCUGUUUUAGGCUAUCUGGAUUCAACCCCGAAGAAGUGAUGGUGAUGCUUUCCAAAGGUGGUCUUAGUCUUGAAAGGUGUGAGCUUGAGUUCAAAGGAAAAUAUGCCAACCAGGCACUGCUCAACAUCCAGAGUUGGAUAUCCGACAAUCUUGACACUGUUUGUGAUCGGAUAAGUUCGAACACGGCUGAGGGAUUUCUCCGUUUCAUAUCCAACGUUACGUCUCCACUGGUACAUACGCCACCUCUUUACAACUGGAGGUUAAACCCCACGACGUUUCUGCGCUCUGUCUCAGUACAUCUCAGGAUGCGGUCAAUGGACUGGUCUUCUUCUGAUGACGACCGUGCCGAAGCUGAUGCCCUUGUGAUUCAUGUGACAUCCAGAAAUUUCCUGACCGAAGUGUUGACAAUAAUCGAUGCUACUGAGCAUGGUGUUCGUAAAGUUGCGAUACCGUUCUUUGGCGCUCUUCUGCAGAUAGAGUAUCCUCAGAAUGAACACGCUAAGAGCAGAGAUCUUUACCGUGACGAUAAUCGCACUACAUCCCGGCAACAAAUGAUGGCGUUCAUAAUAUGUCAUCUACUGAAGAGGGGGUUGGUUCACGAGGUCUUCAACUUAGUUUCCUCGGACGAACGGUUGAACCAGGCUGACUUUGGCUCGAGGGGCAGCUCGUUUGAUUCCAAGUUGUUUAACUUCAACCACGAAUUGUGGCAGGCGUUACUAUUUCUCCAAAAGCUGUACGCAAAUCUUCUUUCUUCCGGCAUUGAUGGCAUCUUCUUGAAAAGUGAAUGGCUUUCCAAAGAGCACUUCUGCGAUCUUUUGAAGAUUGAGCUACGCUUGGGAAAGAUAUUCGUGCAAGCUGGAUUCUUCGACCCUAGCUAUGAAGGCAACGACUUCAAGUAUCUUCCAGAUCAACAGCCCAAGUUUGCCGCCCUUGCAGAUCAAACGAUAGAGCUUUUGCGUACAGCACACUCAAUGAACAUUGUAAAGGAAGAUUUCUGGACAUCUGGGACAUUGAAGCUUCAGCCUCGCAACUUCCUUUCGUUUUUCAGACAAAUAAGUGACUCCACACAGUUGAGAGCAGAAUUGAUCGGUUUGAUGAGUGAGCCAGCAUCGAGGAGCGAAGCCACUUUAUUCAGUUUGCUGAUGACACUGCCUUUCUUAUUUCCGUUUGAGAAGAGGGUGGAGAUGUUUCAACUACUGAUAGACGAUAGCCGGGGAUAUGAGACCGAAAAGUAUCACUUGGAGAUGCGCAGAGAUCAUGCUUUGACGAGAGCCACAAUGGAGCUAGCCAAUGCUACAUCAAAGGAUUUGAAAAAACCUUUCUCUGUCAAGUUCGUGGACCAGUUUGGCCAAGAAGAGGCAGGAAUCGAUGGUGGUGGCCUCACAAAAGAAUUACUCACUAGUCUUUUCAAGGACAGUCUUGAUCCAGAACAUGGUCUCCCGGGGGUAUGGGCACGGACAAAACAGGACCAACUGUACCCUUUACCAGAGUACUAUCUAAGAUGCAAAAUGGGCCAGGGCAACAACCUGUGCAGCUUCAUAGGCCUAGGGUCCACGAGUAUUGAAGAAUUCUAUCCGGCUUUAUUUUUGACUUUAGGGAAGCUUGUGGGUAAAUGCCUGCGUGAAAGCAUCCUGUUAGACGCCCCCUUUGCGCCAUUUUUCUUGAAGAAACUGCUCCAAUCAUCUCACAAUCCCGGUAAGGAGACGGUGAUGUUCAGCGACUUGAGAUACUACGACGAGGAAUUGUACUCAAAUCUGCAGAAAAUGCUGACUAUGAGCGACGAGCAAAUUGAAGAGCUGGACAUGACCUUCUCAAUAACAGAAAAGGUACCCGAAUGGGGAUCCAACGAAACUACCUGGCCGUGGCCACCACCCGACUUUCUCGUGGAACAUGAUCUCAGCAAGCUUAAAUUAGCUGCCAGUACUGUUUCCGUGGAUCUCUGUCCUAACGGUCGCAAGGUUAGAGUGACAGGGGCUAAUAAGUAUCAGUUUGCGUUUGCCAUGGCCAAGUUCAAGCUUGACACCAGCAUCCGAGAACUGAGCACCUGCUUCACAAAAGGUCUCUUUGAGGCCAUUCCGCAGGCCUACCUUUCACUGUUUGACCCAAACGAACUGCAAGUACUUAUUGCGGGCGCAGAGAAGGAAAUGAACAUUGACGACUUCAAGAAAAACGUGGAAUUUGGCGGAUAUACGGAGUAUGACCAGACUAUCAAAGACCUGUUCUCCAUUCUCGAAAACGACUUUACCAAGGAAGACACAAGAAACUUUCUGAGAUUUGUCACAUCUAAUCCCAAGGCGCCCUUGUUUGGUUUCAAGGACUUGUAUCCCAAGUUUGGAAUCAGAAACUCAGGAAGAGACAUAAAACGACUCCCCACCUCCUCCACUUGUGUGAAUCUACUGAAACUUCCAGACUAUAGAGACAGGGAGCUGCUGAAGCAAAAACUGUUGUACUCCAUACAUUCUGGUGCUGGAUUCGAUCUCUCAUGA